ACCAUAUGAUUCGGCUGAAAACAUGUUGUUGCUCUCUUGAACCUUUUUAUUUUGCCGAUGUUUGGACGAUGUGAUUCGGGACGAGGGACGAGAAAAGACUGAAAUUGCCGAAAUGUCGACGGCGCGCAGGAUUUCGGUGCUGCGGCGCAUCCUGAGCGGCCACAAACUGCUGCUGCACAAAACCGUCGGCCUCCGCCACUACAGCAGCGCCGGAAAAAUCACCAUCGGGGACGUGUCCAAGGAGCUCAAGGUGCCCAAACAGCCGGCCUACGUCCCUGCCAACUACGUGGGUGAAAACCUGAGCGAGGAGACGCUGAGCCACCUGCGAUGGAUGCUGCAGAAAGACUUGCUGCAGCAGGACAUGUUCCUGAUCGGCAGGCCAGGGCCCCUGAGACGCACCCUGGCCAUGCAGUUCCUGGAAUUGACCCGGCGAGAACUCGAGUACGUGUCCCUGUCGCGAGACACGACCGAGUCAGACCUGAAGCAGCGACGAGAGAUCGCCGGUGGCACAGCCUCCUACCUCGACCAGAGCGCCGUCAGGGCAGCCACUCAGGGUCGCGUCCUGCUGCUUGAAGGAAUAGAGAAGGUGGAGCGGAAUGUCCUGCCGGUGCUGAAUAAUUUGCUGGAGAAUCGCGAGAUGCAGUUGGAGGAUGGCCGCUUCCUCAUGGCUGCACCGAGAUAUGAUCAGCUGCUCAGGGAGCAUUCUCAGGAAGAAAUGGACGCGUGGAAGCUAGUCCGAGUGGACGAGGACUUCAGGGUCAUCGCUCUAGGACUGCCGGUGCCCAGGUACACAGGCAACCCUCUCGAUCCGCCGCUCAGGUCCAGGUUCCAGGCAAGGGACGUGACCGGCCUCACCUAUCAGGCGCAGGUGUCAGACCUGACAGGUCGUUUUCCGGGGGCGGACCCUUCCAAAUUGGCCCAGCUGGUGUCGUGUGCGCACGCACUGCUCUCGGCCGAGUCAGAGGCGCAAUCGCUGCCAGAUUUUCCGGCCGAUAACCUUUCAGCCGCUGCCCAACUCCUGGAACUCUUUCCAGGCCUGUCAGUACACGAGGUUUUCCACCGCCUCUACCCCUUCCCGCUGUUUCUCGCGAAGGAAGGCGGCGCCAGCGUCCGCGAGAUCUUAGGAUCGCUCAGGGUCCGAGCGGACGACGCCCCUAACUCCAUUUUAGAGAUUCGACCUGACGGUCCCAACUCGGCCAAAGUCUCCAUCUCCGCAGGCGGAGUGUUGAGCGAGGUUGCAGUGCCGCGAGGGGAGGGCGGGGAAGGCCCUGGCUCCUCCUACGUCGAGACCGAGUACCAGGGCGAGCUGUUGGGCCGGCUGGUCCAAUCGCACAGCGCGCAGGACGUGUGCCUGGUGGGGCCGAAGGGGUGUGGCAAGAGCGCCACGGUGCGGCGUUUGGCCGAACUGCUCGCUUACCAAACGGAGCCGAUCGUGCUCUACCAAGAUAUGACGUCACGCGACCUGCUGCAGCAGCGAACCACCCUGGCCAAUGGCGACACGGUGUGGCGCGAUUCGCCGCUCGUGGCCGCCGCCCUCAGCGGCAAGAUGGCGCUGCUCGACGGCCUCCACCGCAUCCACGCCAGCACCCUUGCCGUCGUCCACAGGUUGGUUCACGACCGAGAACUGCAGCUGUACGACGGGAAACGGCUUUUGAGGCACGACAGGUACGACGCGGUCAAGCAGCAGUCCGGUUUGAACGACGCAGAGCUGCAGGAGGCGGGAGUCCUGCGGAUUCACCCUUCUUUCAGGAUCGUUGCCCUAGCCGAACCCCCUACAAUUGGUGCGUCUCGUCUUCAGCCAAUCAUCUGUUGUUACAACCUACUUUCAGGUGGCUCUCAGGGUCAGUGGUUGAGUCCAGAGAUGCUUAGUCUCUUCCUGUACCAUCAGAUGCGGCCGCUCAGCAUGCCUGAAGAGCUGCACCUGAUCCACAACCUGUACGGGGGCGUGCCUGACGCAUUGCGAAAGGUGGUUGAAGCUGCCCACUUCCUGCGUGGAUCAGCUGACCAGACGGUGCAGUCGCUGGCCGGCUCGCUGUCCACGAGGCAGCUGCUGCGGGUUGCACGCCGCAUGAAGGAAUUCCCUCAGGAGAACGUCUACGAUGCCAUGCAAAGGGCAUGCCUGGCAAGAUUCCUGCCGAGCAUGGCGCGGCAAGCGCUGGACAGCGCCCUGGCCGAGGUGGGCGUGGUUCCGGCUGGCGAAUCAGAGGCUGCGGACCUUACCUGUCAGGUUGAUGAGCGCCAGGUGACCAUCGGCAGCACCACGAUCCAACGCCAUUACACGGAAGCCAAGUCCAAGGUCCCGGACGUCCUCUUCUUUGACGUUCCUCAGCACUUGGCAGUUUUGGAGUGGCUAAUGCAGGACUUUGCGCUGGGCGAGCACCUGUUGCUGGUGGGUAACCAGGGCGUGGGCAAGAACAAGCUGGCCGACCGGCUGCUCUUCCUGCUCAACCGGCCGCGUGACUACAUCCAGCUGCACAGGGACACGACCGUGCAGACGCUCACCCUGCAGCCGACCGUCCGCGACGGGGUCGUCGUCUACGAGGACUCGCCCCUCGUGCAGGCGUGCAAAUUCGGACACGUUCUGGUCGUGGACGAGGCCGACAAGGCGCCCACCCACGUCACCUGCAUUUUGAAGACUCUGGUGGAGUCGGGAGAGAUGAUUUUGUGCGACGGCCGGCGGAUUGUGCCUCAUUCCGACCUCAGGGUAGGCCAACCUGGCGUGAUAGGCAUGCACCCUGACUUCAGGAUGAUCGUCCUGGCGAACAGACCCGGUUUCCCGUUCCUCGGCAACGACUUUUUCGGCGCCCUUGGUGACCUCUUCAGCUGCCACGCAGUCGACAAUCCGAGCCAGGCGUCUGAAAUUGCCCUGCUCAAGAACUACGGACCUGACGUACCUGAGCAGGUUGUGCUCAAGCUCGUCAGGGCCUUCUCCGAGCUCAGGGCCAUGGCCGAUCAGGGCCUUGUUCAGUACCCUUACUCCACCAGGGAGGUCGUCAAUGUCGUCAAGCAUUUACAGAAAUUCCCUGAGGAGGGCAUUGCCAGUGUGGUGCGGAACGUGUUCGACUUCGACUCGUACAGCCAGGAAGCGAAGGAGGUGUUGGUCAACACCCUGCACAAACACGGAAUCCCGAUCGGAACCAAACCGAGCAACGUCGCCCUCGGAAAAGAAUACCCUUUACCCGCGCUCAAGAUGGCCGGACACUGGAAGACGAAAUUCGGAGAACCUGACGUGCUCGAGGUCUCGGAACGCAGCGUCAAGCUAAAAGGUGGCGUCAGGGUGGAGACGCACUCGCACCUGCUGGACAGGGUGGAGGCCCGCUCGAGCAGCUUCACCGAGCAGCAGUUUUACUUUUCGCUGCCGCUCGUCGAGCCGAACGUCGUUGCCGGCGCCGCCGUCACCAUGGACCCUGAGAGCGAGGACCCGAGCAAAGACACUCUGCACGUGCUGGUGGCCAAUCCGGCCAGUUUGUUCUCGGUGAACAGCUCCGAGGAGCGGGUGCAGCAGCUAGAAUUGAGGAAACUGCUCGAAUCGACCAGGGGAAUUUUCCCGAAUUACAGCAUGGCCAGCCUCGGCGGAAAACUGCACGGCUGCCUCCUCAUCCAUGACGAAAACAACAACAAAGUAGUGAUCGUGUGUCCGGAGACGAAAGAAGCGAGCCAAAUCAUGCUCAGGACGAACGUGACCGAGACGGCCGGGAAAAUCUCGCAGUCCUUUCUGGGCCGCUCGGCGGUGCGGUGGCGCAUGAAGAACGACUUCGCCAACAAAAACUGGACCGUUCUUUUUGAGGCCGGCGGCAACAAAAUGGAGGUGCUGGACGUCGAAGGACUUGCUGUCCAAUCGAUGCAGCUGCCCUUUGACCUUCAGGACCUGCACCUUGUCGCUGAGGACAGGUGGCUCCUCGAGGACACCAGGAGAAACAAAUACAUAAUGGAGAAAACUCGCCCUGAAGACGCGUGUCCGAGCCAGUUGCGUCGUCUGGUGGAGGAGGGCGGUGUCGCAGCUCUCGGCCCAAUCAGCGGCGUCGCGAGCGUGGAGUUGACGCCUUUUACCCUAGGAAAGGUGCUCGGCAAACAGGUGACGGCGCCCAAUCGCCUGCUCGCCUCUCGCGACGCCCACGCCGCUUUGGCCGUCGGUCUUCCGGACCUUGCCGAGACGGAGAUUUUCCUUUGGCCCAAAACCAAGUCGAAUUACGUGCCACCAGGGGCAUCUCGACGCUCCUCUUCAAGGGAGGGUCCGGAGAAGCCAAUUUUCUUGCCAAAAAGCGGUCAGGUGGUGCGGCCGGUGGCCAGGUGGCAGGUGCCUGCGGACAUCCGCCCUUCUGCCGGCGUCAAGGGUGCUGGAAGCCCUGCUGCCUUCAUUGAAGUCGCAGAUUUGCUCUUCAAAAAGCUCAGAUACAUCCCUGUUCCAGAGCCUCGAACGGUGUCGCCGUACACGGCGUGGCUGUUGGACACUCUGGAGGUGCCGGUGCAGGUGUGCGGCACGAGCGGCGAGGGCCUGGCGUCCGUGGACGCCGGCGGCACGGUGCGCUUCUGGGAGACGGGCGUCGCCGGGCUGGAAAGGGCGCUCGGAGAGUGGCGCCGCGCGCUCGGCGGCGAUCCGAGCAACCUGCAGCUGACCAUCGAGCAGCCGAGCGGCAGGUCCGUCUCAGGGCCCAAAUAUGGCAAGGUCGACCCCACCAACGACCCGCACGUUGGCGGAAACACCUGGGCCGGCGGCACCGGCGGCAGGGACACCGCCGGGCUCGGCGGAAAGGGCGGACCCUACAGGCUCGACGCAGGGCACAACGUCUACCAGGUGAGUCAGGAGGAGAAGGACGCGGUACCUGAGCACGUGAAGCGCGCAGCCCGGGAAAUGGGGCGGAAGGCAUUCGAGGAGCGUCUCCGGCAAAUCCGGAUGAGCGAGUACGACGCCCAGCUGUACGCCCAGUACUCGGAGGCGGUGCACCGGGAGGUCAGGGCCCUCAGGGUCAUCCUGAGCAGCCUUCAGGCCAAGGCUAAGGAGAGACAGUGGCUCCGCCACCAGACCACAGGCGAACUAGACGACGCCAAGCUCAUCGAAGGGUUGACUGGUGAGAAGGGCAUCUACCGGCGGCGCGCGGAGCGAGAGCCGGAGCUGGGGGCGCCGCAGCUGAAGCCAAAGCGUCUGAAGCUGGUGGUGGACGUGUCCGGAAGCAUGUACCGCUUCAACAGCUACGACGGACGCCUCGACAGGGUCAUGGAGGCCGCCACGCUCAUGAUGGAGGCCUUCGAGGGCCACGAGGACAAGUUCCAGUACGACAUCGUCGGACACUCGGGCGAGAGCUGCGACCUGCGCUUCGUGGACAAAAGCUCGCCGCCCACCGACAACAAGCAACGCCUCGACCUCAUCAAGACGAUGCACGCGCAUGCGCAAUUCUGCAUGUCGGGCGACCACACGCUGGAGGCGACGAGCGUGGCCGUGGAGGCGCUGGCCAAGGAGGACUGCGACGAGGCGUUCGUCGUCGUGCUGUCGGACGCCAAUCUGGAGCGCUACGGCAUUCCGCCGGAGCGAUUCGCGCGCGUGCUCACCUCCCACCCCAACGUCAACGCCUACGCCAUCUUCAUCGGGUCGCUCGGCAACCAGGCCGACAGGUUGACUGAGAAACUGCCGUCAGGUCGAGCCUUCGUGUGCCUGGACCUGAAGAAGAUUCCGCAGAUCAUGCAGCAAAUCUUCGCGUCGUCUAUUCUCAGCUCGAAAUAAAUUAUAAAUUUUCAGGGAUAUUAUAUAGUUGAAAGAAAUGCUUUAUAUUGUUAAUAAAAUGUUGAAAUUAUU